AUGUCGCGGAACAACGGAAAUUCGAACGGCGAUCAAGCUGGAUUCUCGGGAGGAGGAGAAGAAGACGUGUCAGCAGUCUCGAUGUCGGAAGUUAUGCGUCAGAUGGCAAUCCAGAACAACCGUCUGAUGGCCCUACUGGAACAAGUCACCGGAGGGACACAACCGGCACAACGAAGCGCUCCUGAACACAUCAUAGAAUCUCUCUCAUCAUCAAUCAAAGAAUUCCACUUCGAUCCAGAAAACGGAUUAACAUUCGACCGCUGGUUCUCAAAAUACGAAGAUCUCUUCAGACAGGACGGCAGAAACCUGGACGACCCGGCGAAGGUGCGGCUAUUACUCCGUAGCCUCAGCGUUUCCGUUCACGAGAAAUUUUUGAAUUAUCUCCUGCCGAGCCACCCACGCGAUUAUACGUUCGAUCAAGUUGUGGAGAAGUUGAAGACAAUUUUCGGACAGCAGAAGUCUAUUUUCAGCAAGCGCUACGAUUGCCUCCAGCUAUCCAAGAAUGAAGCGGAUGAUUUCGUCACCUAUGCUGGUAUCGUCAACCGGCAGUGCGAAGAAUUCGAACUACAGAAAUUGUCAGUCAACCAAUUCAAGAGCCUUGUUUUCAUCUGCGGACUGAAAUCUGCGAAGGACACGGACGUGAGGACCCGACUUCUAUCAAAGCUCGAGUCUGAUACAGCCGAUACCAACAUCGAAGGAUUAGUGACCGAAUGCCAACGUCUGUCAAACUUGAAGCAUGAUACGGCGUUGGUCGAGAAGAAGCAUUCAUCUUCAGCGGUUCAAGCGGUUCGUCAGUUCAAGAAGCAAGGCCAGAAGCAGUCCAAGGCGACAAUACAAGACAGUACCAGUAAACUUCCUCCAUCCCCGUGUUGGCAGUGUGGAGCCAUGCACUUUGUGAAAGAUUGCCAGUUCUCAAAACAUAUAUGCAAGCAGUGUGGAAGAAUGGGCCAUAAGGAAGGAUACUGCAACUGUUCAUCAAAAGCUUCAGCAUCAACGUCCACUGUCGACAAGAAGUUCAGCAAAAAGGAUAAGAAACUCCAAAUGAAGACAAUCCAAUCUGUGAAGCACAUUCGGAGCCGAAGGCGUUACGUGACGGUCAUCUUCAACGGCAUCGAAGCAGAGUUGCAGCUUGACUGUGGCUCGGAUAUCACGUUGAUCUCACAAGAAACCUGGGAGAAAAUUGGCAAGCCUGCUAUCAAAUCCACUCGAAUGGAAGCGACUACAGCGUCUGGAGAACCUCUGGAACUUCUUGGAGAAUUCGCAACGACUGUUAGCAUCAGCGAUGUUUCUCUGAAGCAGCAUUGUUACAUCACUUCAGUCGAAGGUCUCAACGUGAUCGGUCUGGAUUGGAUGGACGCAUUUGAUCUGUGGUCAAAACCGCUCGCUGCCCAUUGCAAAAGGGUGAAUUUGACGAAGUUUCCCCGCGACGAUCAGCACUUCGUUACACGGUUUCCGGAAGUAUUCCAGGACGGAUUGGGUCACUGCACGAAAACGAAGAUCAGUCUAACCCUGAGACCAGAUGUGCAGCCAAUUUUCCGGCCAAAGCGACCAGUACCAUUCCAUGCCACUCAAAAAGUCGAAGAGGAACUGGACAGACUUCAAAGCUUGAACAUCAUAACACCCAUCGAUUUUUCGGAUUGGGCAGCCCCGAUCGUUGUCGUCAAGAAGCCUGGCGGAAAGGUCCGUAUAUGCGCCGAUUAUUCCACCGGACUCAAUGAGGCACUAGAAGCAAACCACUACCCUCUACCAACUCCAGAAGACAUUUUCACCAAACUCGCAGGCAAGCGUGUUUUCAGUAUUAUUGAUCUUUCCGACGCCUACCUACAAGUGGAGGUUGAUGAUGUUUCUAAGAAGCUCCUGACAAUCAACACCCAUCGUGGAUUGUACAGAUUCAACCGGUUGGCACCUGGAGUAAAAUCAGCACCUGGCGCUUUCCAGCAGCUCAUGGCGAUGAUGAUAGCAGAUUUGGAAGGAGUUGACGCUUUUCUGGAUGACUUCAUCGUUCACAGCGAAGACGAAGAAAGCCACUAUAGAAUCCUCACUGCACUCUUCAAGCGACUUCGUGAAUACGGUUUCCGUUUGCGUCUGGAGAAAUGCAAGUUCAACCAGGAGGAGAUCAAGUAUCUGGGACUCAUUGUCAAUGAAAAUGGAAUCCGACCCGAUCCAACGAAGAUUGAAGCGAUAGUCCACAUGCCAGCUCCAACCAACGUCAGCACAUUGCGGUCAUUCCUUGGCGCCGUGAACUUUUAUGGCAAAUUUGUACGAGAGAUGCACCAACUUCGCCAUCCUCUGGACAAUCUUUUGAAGAAGGACGCCAAAUUCAUCUGGAGCAAGGAGUGCCAACAAGCGUUUGCGGACAUCAAACGGAUUCUACAAUCAAACCUGCUUCUCACCCACUACAAUCCGGAUUUGGACAUCAUCGUUGCUGGUGACGCGUGCAAGACGGGCAUUGGUGCAGUCCUGAUGCAUCGUUUCCCCGACGGAUCCAUCAAAGCGGUUUCACAUGCAUCCAAAUCGCUCAAUCAAACUGAGCAGAACUACAGUCAGAUUGAGAAGGAAGCACUUGCGUUGGUUUUCGCCUGCACAAAAUUCCAUCGCAUGCUUUGGGGUCGACGAUUCACGCUGCAAACAGAUCACCAACCGUUGUUGAAGAUUUUCGGAUCCAAGAAGGGAAUUCCAGUUCAUACCGCCAAUCGACUUCAGCGAUGGGCACUCACGCUAUUGGGUUACGACUUUGGUAUCGAGUACGUCUCAACACAAAACUUUGGGUACGCUGACGUUUUAUCACGCCUCAUCAACAACCACGAGAAGCCUGAGGAGGAAGCGGUUAUUGCUAUGGUCCAUAUCGAAGCUGAUGUCACUUCUGGUCUGCAAGAUACGCUAUCAAAUCUUCCUGUCACAUCCGAGGCGAUCCGAGAUGCUACAUCAAAAGAUCCAGUGUUGCAAAAGGUUCGCGCUGAAGCUAUCUGUGAAGCUGAAGUUAAACCAUUCUACACUCACCGAGAAUCGUAUUCCAUGGUUGGCGACUGCGUGAUGAUGAUGGAUCGAGUGGCGGAACGGUUUGUAGAUACCCUCAAGCGCUCCUUGAAGAAAAUUAUUGGGGGAGGAGAAACGUCGACUUCAACUGCUCUUCAAACGUUCCUGCACAUCUACAGAUCAACACCAUCCGCCGUUCUGGAUGGAGAAUCACCCGAUGAAAGAAUGCUCGGACGUUCUAUGAGGACUACUCUGGAUCUCCUACGACCUACUUCCCAGUCUGUCGGUCUGAAACCGAAGCUCAACCGUGAAUUCGAAGCUGGAUCGUUUGUGUACGCCAAAGUGUAUUCAAGCAACGAUCUCUGUAAGUGGAUGCCAGGUGUUGUCCUCGAAAGGAUCGGAAACGUGAAUUACAAUAUCCUCUUGGAUCAUCAAAUCGGCCGGCGGAAAGUACUCCGAUCUCAUAUUGACCAGUUAAAGAAUCGUUCCAACGAUGAACCUGUAGUUUCAAAGGAACCAAUGCCGUUGAGUAUUCUCAUGCAAGAUUUUGGUCUCCAGCGACAAGCAGUUCCAGAACAACAUUACCGUAUGUUAAUUGGUGAAAAUCCUGCAUGUGCCGUCCCUGUUCAACAAGCAACCGAAACUGUACAGCAACAAGAACUUCCUGGUCCAAUUCAGCAUGCAGAGGAUAGCAACAGCGAUGCCGAUGAAGAGCCUGAUGAAACACUUCUAGCGGAUUUUCAAGAAAGGCCAUGUUCAACACCAAGGCAGCAACAGGUAGAGUCAGGUCAACGCCCAUUGCGAACGGUGCGGCCACCAAGGAGGUUCGAGCAGUACAUCCGUUAUUAA